CAUUUAGACCAUCUCCAAUGUAUUUCUCUAUUUUUAUCUCUAAAAUAGAGGAACUCUAUAAUAGAGGUGAGUUUUACUCCAAUAUAUUUCUCUAAAAUAGAGAUCUCUACAUAUAGAGCAAAAUAUAGAGGAAUGCUAUUUCUUCCUCUAUAAAUAGAGGAGAAAAUAGCAAUCUCUAUUUUAGAAGCAAAAAUAGAGAUGGGUUGGAGUAGUUUUGCCUCUAAAUACUAUUAUAGAGGUACAAAUAGAGGUGGAUUGGAGAUACUCUUAGUGUAACAACACAGAAAUCAAUGAAUAAAUAAUUGUCACCAUACCGCUCCAGAUGUUCUGCUCAUCGUUGAAGUGUAGUUACAUCCCCAGGCCAGUUCGAUAUUGUUGUCCAUCUCCUCGAGUCGAAUAAAUCAUUAUUGCCCACCUACUUUUGUUAGGUGUUUGAGUUUUAGAUAACUAAUCUUCAGUUCUUAGUUACAGUUUUGAAUAGUUAUUGUUGAAUAUAGUAUUGCACCGGUUAAUACUUAACUACAAAUAACUGAAAUUUGAAAGAUAAAUGUGUGCUAAAUAAUGAGCAAACUUCCCCAUCAAACUAGCUAGUAUUAGACAAAAGGUAAGGCUGCCAAGUAUGUGGAUGUCGGGUAAAUAUCUAAGCCAGUAGAAAUCCAAAGAGAAAUAAUCUAUAAGUUUUUUUGAUGUCUGCCUUUUGAUUGGACUGCAUUUUGAAGUUGAUUGGAAAGAACUGAUGUUUAAAGAAAUCUAUACAAUUUCGGCCAGUAAGAGCGAACGAAGGCAUGAUGUGUAGAGUGUACAUCUAUCUCACUAUCUUCCAAUCAAUAAUAGUUGUUCAUUGAAUCUUAUGACUUUAGAGCUACACGUUUUUAGAUAUUUGAGAACUGUCUACUUCGUUAGAUCUAGGAAAGUAUAUCUGUCACAAACUGAGCCUCAUCACCAGAGGGAAAAUAAGACUAACUCAUAAUCAGGUUUAUAAAUAUAAACAUCACAAACUCUUUAUAUUUCUACAGAACUGUUCAAUAAUUGUUAAAAGCAAAUAGGGAAGAACAAAAAAAAAGAGAAAUGAAAAACAUUUAUGUUAAUGAAAAAGUAAAAACAAAAAAAGCGAAAAAGAAAGAAGAAAGAAGAAAGGAUAUAGGAGAGGUCGAUUUGUGUUUAGGGGAUAUGGAAUUGCUUCCAGUUUUAGCAAAGAAACAUAAACGUUUGCUCCCUUUAAUUUCUUUAAACGUUAUUCCAAAUCUUCUCCAACAUGUCUACUUCAUCCCGACACAUUUUUUAUACAGCGAUCUUCUUUUGUUAAACCCUUUAUCCAUAUUUAGUACCCAAUAACAUUAGGAACUCUAUAGUUAACAAAUAACCAUAUGAACUCUAUAGUUACAAUAUACAAUACACUUUAUAUAAUAUUACAAUAUCUACCAUUAAACAAUUUCAACCUCUGAUUUUUUUUUCUCUUUUCUUCUUUCUCCUUCCAUUUUGUUUGAUCUAUAUUUUAUCUAUCAAUACAAUUUAACCAAAUAAUAAUAUCAUAAUAAAUCAUACAUUCAUUUUACAUAUAUUAUAUUUCACAUUUUCUAAAACGGAUAUAAAUUUCGUUCAAAACAAAUAGAUUGUAAUUUACACGAAUAUAUCAUUAUAUUCUAUAUUAUUUGUAUAGUAUAUCACAUAUUUAGAAUUUCUUUCUUUAUCUUUUUUUUUCUUCCUCCCUCCCUCUCUUACUCCUUCCCUCCCCUUAUAAACAAACGAGACAAUAUUUGGUAGUAUUCUAUUUUAUUUUAGAAAACAUAGAAUAAAAUAAAAUAUUACAAUUCUCUCUAAUUCCUUUUCUACUCAAUUUUUUUUUCAUUUUCUUUAUUUCAUCUCUUUUUUUUUUCUUUCUUCUCUUUACCUUUAGCUCUCUCUUUAUCUCUAUCUCGAAAAUGUUCUCUCUCUACCCAACAUUUUUAGUUUUAUUUUCAAAUGAGAUAAUAUACAAUUGUAUUCCAUUCUAUUUAGAAAACAUAAUAUAGAAAAUAAUAUUUCAACUCUCUCUAAUUCAUCUUUUUUUUUCUUUUUUUUAUCUCUCUCUCUUUUUUUAUUUCUUUUGCUUGGAUUAACUUAGACAGUUAGUAAUUAGAUAUCAUAGUAUGUUUUAGUCUUGAUUGUGUUCCAUUGAUUAGUAAUUUUCUUUUUGUUUGAGUUGACUAGUGCAGUUAAUAAUAUAUUAUGUCUAUUAUUACUAUAAAUGAAUUAUGCUAUACUAUUUUGUCAAACACGAUAGUAUAGUACAAUUUCCAUUUUUCAUCUAAUAACUCUCUAAAUAAAAGUCUAGAUUUUAGCAAUGUGAAUGUUUCUACAAUCAAGUUUUUCAUGGCGUAGUAUAUAUUUUGUCGUUCCAUUUAAUUCUAAAUUGUAUACUAUAAUGUGUGAAACCUAGAAUUUAAACAAUGUCGUUACCAUAUCAUACUAUUACGGGCUAUGUAAAUAGAAUAACAUACACAUCUGAAACAUCUUAGGCUUCACUCAACAUCUUUUAUUGUGGACUCUAUUACUUGUGUCACAUACUGACGCAUUGUAAAAGAAAAAAACGUUCACGCUUAUGCAUAAUUAUUUUCACUUUUGAUCGUUUUUUGUUAUGGUUAUUUGAUGAUUUUUUUUAUAAUGGUUAUUUCACUAAUUAACUCAUAAUGUUAUGAGAAGAUUUUUUAGUUUCUACUUUUUAAAGAUAUGAUAUAUUACCUGUUAGCGGUAACAUUUUAAAAUAUAACUUAGGUAAAAACAAAAGAAAAAUAUUACUACUUAACUAAAAUAAUCACAAAAGACUAGGUCUUCAAAUUUAUCAAGGAUAAUUUACUACGUCAAAAAGUAAUACAAUUAAUUUAUUUAUUGUUGCCCCAACCCAAAACAAUGUUGAAUUAACUAGCGUAUCUAAAACUCGACCGACCUCAGAAGGCAACUAGAUUUGCGAAUGAAUCUAAUAACAAUUACACUCACAUGUCGUUCACUUUAACUUCGUCAAAGUCAUGCCAAGAAAAGUCCACAUCAUGAAACGUCCAAGUAAGUCUAUUCGUGGAGAAGUCACAAGCCUCUGUUACAUAAGUCUAACUCACAGCCUUGUGACUCUAAUCUAUUCGCUUAGCUUUUUAACUGCAGUAGAAAGGCAGCUCCUAGUCUUAGGCAGAUAGUCUUAACUACGGUUAAAAUAUCUAACCAAACCACGGUUAACCAUUUUACUACAUAAAGCUCUGCAGGUGAAUGACCAAACAUCGACAAAAAAAAACAAAACUCUUUCACCUCCGACAAAACAUGAUCAUCGGAGAAACUCGCCGCACGUACCCAACGGUGGAGAUACCCACAUGGACUGUCUCCGAAGAUUUUACAACGUCGGAGCUUUUCUCUCCGGCGAUGAACAGCCCGGACUGCAGCAUGCUCGAAGCUCUAGCGGCGUUGCAGCGUUAUCUCCCGUCUAACGAACCGGAUCCGGAUUCUGACCCGGAUCUAUUCGGUCCGGACUCUCCCAUCGACGCUUACUCCUGCGACCAUUUCCGCAUGUACGACUUCAAAGUCAGGAGGUGCGCACGUGGCCGGAGCCACGACUGGACGGAGUGUCCGUACGCUCAUCCCGGAGAAAAGGCUCGCCGGAGAGAUCCGGCGAAGUACAACUACUCCGGGACGGCUUGUCCCGAUUUUCGCAAAGGCGGUUGCAAGAAAGGGGACUCGUGCGAGUUUGCUCACGGAGUUUUCGAGUGCUGGCUUCAUCCCGCUCGUUACCGUACUCAGCCGUGCAAAGACGGCGGUAACUGCCGCCGGAGAGUUUGUUUCUUUGCUCACUCGCCGGAUCAGCUUAGGUGUCUCCAUAACCGGAGCCCCGACCGGGUUGAUUCUUUCGACGUAUCGUCUCCGGUUCGUAGAGCGUUUCAGCUCUCGGUUUCUCCUGUUUCUGGCUCGCCGCCGAUGAGCCCAAGGGCUGGCUCGGAGACUCAGUCACUGAGUCACUCUGUCGUGUCGUCGUUUAGGAACUUGCAGUUUGAGAAGGUGAAGUCAUUUCCUUCGUCUUACACUAAUCCGUUACGAUGCUACCAAUCCGGAUUCGGGUCGCCAAGAGGAUCCAUAUUGGGUCAUGGGUUUCAGAGUCUUCCUACAACCCCGAUCCGACCCGAAAGUAUGGAUAUUUGGGAUAAUGGUUUAGAGGAAGAUCCUGCAAUGGAGCGGGUCGUGGAGUCGGGUCGUGAGUUACGUGCAAAGAUGUUUGAGAAGCUGAGCAAGGAAAAUUGCAUGGAUCGGGUUGAACCGGAUCAAGAUCAGAACUCGGGUGAAGCUCCUGACGUCGGGUGGGUAUCUGAGCUGGUGAUGUAAGAAAAAAAAAGCCCGACCCGUACCUGGAUAUCAAAAAUCUCAUUGAUAAGCCAGGAGAUCUAGAAGUGUGUUCAUAUUAUUAUUUACUAAUUUCGUAUUAUCCGGUAAUAAUAAUUAAAUAUGGAUUUUUGUGGAGGAUUUUGAGAAGACUGUGUAAUCUCGAUAUAUAGAUUUUAAUUAUGGAUUAAUAAUAUAUCUAUUAUCAUAUAUA